AUGCAUCAUAUGAUAUUGAUUUGGAUUCUUUAUAACAUUCCAAUUUUAGUUUAUUACAAUUAUAUUGUAUUGAGUACAAGCCAUCAAGCGAUCUGUGUGGUUACAGAGCAAGCUUUUAUUCAGUUUAACAACUAUGCGAAUCGUUUUCUAGUGGGAAAAUUUUUACCUAUUUGUAUAACGUGUAUUUUCGGAGUUUUGGCACUUUAUAAUAUAAAAAAUAUCGCACGUCGUGCACUAGAGAAACAAUUAACCAUUAUGGUACUCCUACAAGCUGUUGUCAUGCUAUUUACAAACGUACCGUACAUUAUUACAUAUCUCCUUCAGGGAAUACAUCCUAUUCCGCAAUGUUGCACAUUUGGGAAUCAGUUCCUACGAUUCCGGAAUUCACCCGAAGCGAUUCCGGAAUCGUAG